AUGCACGAACGUGUGCCAACGAGCUUCGAAGUCACAGGCAAUAACAAUUACAGUCUUCAGCUGGCACGAUGGUUUCUGAUAACAAUCGGCGCCUGGCCGCAACUGAGCACCGCGACAAAAAUGCGGAAACUUCUUUCGCACGUGCACGUGCUCGCUAGCUCGUGCCUCAUUGCGGUCAUUAUGGUGCCGUGUCUAUUAUAUGUGACAGUGGAAGAAAAGGACAUUGAAAUAAAAUUAAAUACCAUGGGUCCGUUGAGCCACUGGAUCAUGGGUAUGAUUAAUUAUAGCUUACUUGUUGCACACAGCGACAACAUUCGCAAGUGCGUGCGACACAUGGAAACCGACUGGAGACUCGUACGUAAGAUCGAGGAUGAACGUGUGAUGCUGCGAUACGCCAAGAUCGGCCGUUACGUCACCGGUUUCUGCGCGGUAUUCAUGCAAAGCGGUACGUUGCUCUUCAUCGUCGCUAAGUCGCUGUCGACCACGAUCGUUGUUAUCGGUAACGAGACCGUCUCGGUACAUCCGAUGGCUUGUCAGACUUGCCACAGCUUCGUCGAUACGCGGUUCAGUCCUGCAAACGAGAUCAUGGUGGUUAUACUAAUGCUGUCGUGUUUCAUAGUAAAUUCGGUCACGGUGAGCGCGUGCAGUCUGGACGCGAUCUUCGCUAUGCACGCGCACGGUCAGCUGAACAUGCUGUUUUCGUGGCUACGCGAUCUCGUGAGCGACGAUAAGAAAAGUAACGUCGAACAAAAGCUGACCGUUAUCGUGGAGCAUCACUUGAGGGUGCUGAGUUUCAUAUCACGUAUAGAAUCUAUUAUGCAACAUAUCUGUCUCGUGGAAUUGCUGGGAUGUACGAUGAAUAUGUGUUUACUUGCAUAUUAUUUUAUUACGAAUAUGGAUACGUUUGAUUGGGCGAAAACAUUGUCGUAUGUUCUUAUAUAUCUGUCUAUGGCUUUUAAUAUUUUUAUAUUUUGCUACAUUGGAGAGAUUCUCACAGAACAGUGUAAAAAUGUCGGCGAAAAAACGUACAUGAUAAAUUGGUACGAGUUACCGCCCAAAACGGCUCUCGGACUUAUUUUAAUAAUAGCACAAUCAAAUAAUGUUAUCAAAUUAACGGCUGGAAAAUUAUUUCAAUUGUCAAUCGCAACUUUCGGUGACGUAAUUAAGACUUCUAUGGUAUAUUUGAAUAUGUUGCGAACGAUGGGUCCGUCUGCAAUAAACUAA